AUGGAGAUGAAAAGAAGAUACUUUGUCAACUUCUGGGAGAAAGUAUAUGCCUCAAUUCAAAUUACAGGCAUCCUGGGCCUAAGUAAUGCUUUUGGAGAUCAAGUAUCUGGAAAUCUAGUCUGAAUAUGGUUUGCUCUAUUUGGAACACUCUUAGUGUGAAAGCUUCUGACUUAUGAGACCCACUGAAGAUUUUCCAUGAUAGUGAAUAACUAUAUAGGAUGGAUCUUCCUUAUUCCUAUCUAUCUUCUCACUAAUGAAGGAUAUAUGCGAAAUAUUUUAACAAGUUUGCUCUCUCUCGCUUGGUUCUCCCUCAGCCUGAUAAAUACUCUUAGAUUCUUUAUCUAUGAUCCUCCAGGCCCUUACGGAGUUGGAGUUAAGCAUGAUAUUAUUAAGGAGAAGACCACCCCUCCUGUGUGUAUCUUCUAUCCUAUAGACAGAGAGCAGUAUGAAGUAGAAGUCAAGGACCCUAAGAAGACUAGUAGCUACUACUUAGAUGGUGAUGUCAGUGCUCCUGGACACAUCCUGAGUGGAGUAGAAGCGAAAUAUUCCCCUUAUAAGGCUCCUUUAGCAUUUUUGCUUCCAGAAAAUCCAACCUUCUUAAUGUACACUUUACAAGAUCAAAAUUAUUUCAGAAUUCAGGCUGUGAAUAACUCUGAACUUCACAAGGAUUUUAAAAAUGGGCAUAAGAAACUUACUCCGGCUGUUCUAUGUCAUGGAUUAGGUUCUUGUAGAGCUCAUUUUACCAUUAUUGCCUCUGCUCUCGCUAGUUAUGGAUGUAUUGUGUAUGUACCGAACCAUACAGACGGCUCUUCUUCAUAUUAUAAGGAUUACAAUCAAGAUCCUCCCAAAGAUUAUUUUUAUAAUAAGUAUGACAGAAAAACUCAUAUCGAUGCCUUUGGAGUCAAAUAUGAACAUCAUGAAAUUAGAAUGAAGUUUCUUAAUAGAAGAAUCGAAGAUGUUGAGUCCAUUCUUAGUUAUAUCGAAAAGGUAUCAAGCAAAGAGUUCCCAAAUAUUGAAAUGACUAAGCUGACCUCUCUUGGCCACUCAAUGGGAGGAAUGACAUCAAUAGAAAAUUGUUAUAGAAAUAAGCAGUUCAAAGCUUGUGUUUCUUACGACCCAUAUCUUCAAGCAAGAGUGAACACUAUUUUAGAGAGUGAUAAAUUUGUGAUCGAUCAGCCACUCUUAUCUCUAAUUACGACAAAUUAUCACUUGACUCCAUUCUUGAUAGAGUUUGAUUCUAAUAAAGUUUACACAAAAUUCAUGAAAAAUAUGAAAAAGCACAGUAAAAGCAAGAUAUAUGACCUUGAUCUUAAAGAUUCAGCACAUCUAACUUACAUGGAUAACUCAUUGACUCUCUCAGGACUUUUCAGCAUGAUCAAGUUGAUCGGCCCAGCCUCUCAAGCAGACAGAAAACUCAAUGAAAUAUGAGACCUCACUCUUGCCUUUAUGGAUGAGCAUGAUUUACUACCGGUAAAAUUUGGCAAAUCUGUCACAGAAUGCCAUGAUGCUUAGAUACAAGAUCUUUAAACUUCAGGUUCAGUUUAUAA